AUGACUGGAAGAACUAGAAACUUGCAUGCUUCAACCCCUGUGAACCCUACUGCAGGCACUCAGGAGCAGCCACCCGAAUCAUGGAUAACCUCUGUGGAAGAAGUCCCAGAGGACUUAUCAACCACUUGCAGGACAUCAUCCUCUGCAUCUGUGACAGGGGAAUUCUCUGAACUCACAAACAAACCAAUCUCAGUGAAGAACAUCCUUGAGCAUCUCCUGCGGGAUCAAGCUAUUUUUCUACAAGAAAUGCUUACUGCCUGCAAACAUCCUCAAACUGAGUCCCUAGACAUGAUCUUCAGAGACACUCACAAACUGAAAAGAAACUUCCUCAAGCUAUGA